CGACACUACUCGCCUGGACAAGUGGCGCUGUCUUCGAGCGGAGUGGAGCUGACUGUGUCACCGGUCUCAGCUAGCAAUACCACGCGCGUUCCGGUGGCUGGAGUCUAUGCCAAAGCUUACGACUGGGGCUUUGGCAGCUAUCAUCUUCAAGCGGAGGUGACCAGCAUCGUGGGCACAGUGUCUGCCUUUUUCGUCUAUGGCAGCUCUACGAGUGCAGCUGUCAUGGAAUAUGUCAGUAAGCCGAAUUGGGGAAAUGGAUCGCAAUUCAUUCGAGACACAGUAGCGCCACAAAUUUACGACACGAAGGGCAGGAUAGAAGUCUACAUUCACGUGCAGCUGACCCCAUGCUUCGACUCUUGUCGCGCUCAGACUGUCCACAACUGGGGCUUCAGCUGGCGACCCGCUUCCGUCACGUAUGGGCUGGACAACACCUACUCCACCAAGCUCACAACAAAUGUACCUCAGACGCCGGGGCUGGUAGCCUUCUCGAGCUGGUCCGACGGCAAUCCUAAUUAUUCGCAGGGACCCCCGAAGAGCAAUGCAACCUUCACGGUAGAACAGUUGUGGGUAGUCCAUAACGCUACC